GGUAAGAAAUGGUUGAACUGGAUUCAAUUUUUAUCACAGCUUGUGUAAGACGGCCUCUGUCCCUCCUCUCACAUGCCAUUGGUUAACCAGCAGACAGUGUGCUCAGGGGCGUUGCCAGCUCAUUGCUCUUAUAGCCUGUGAGGGAGGAAGAAACAUUUGCUAACCAGGCCAGUGACAGAAAUGGAUUUGAAAUACCAGCGUGUGAAGCUAAAUGAUGGUCACUUCAUGCCUGUCCUGGGAUUUGGCACCUAUGCGCCUGCAGAGGUUCCUAAAAGUAAAGCUCUAGAGGCCGUCAAAUUGGCAAUAGAAGCUGGGUUCCGCCAUAUUGAUUCUGCACAUGUUUACAAUAAUGAGGAGCAGGUUGGACUGGCCAUCCGAAGCAAGAUUGCAGAUGGCAGUGUGAAGAGAGAAGACAUAUUCUACACUUCAAAGCUUUGGAGCAAUUCCCAUCGACCAGAGUUGGUCCGACCAGCCUUGGAAAGGUCACUGAAAAAUCUUCAAUUGGACUAUGUUGAUCUCUAUCUUAUUCAUUUUCCAGUGUCUGUAAAGCCAGGUGAGGAAGUGAUCCCAAAAGAUGAAAAUGGAAAAAUACUAUUUGACACAGUGGAUCUCUGUGCCACGUGGGAGGCCAUGGAGAAGUGUAAAGAUGCAGGAUUGGCCAAGUCCAUUGGGGUGUCCAACUUCAACCGCAGGCAGCUGGAGAUGAUCCUCAACAAGCCAGGGCUCAAGUACAAGCCUGUCUGCAACCAGGUGGAAUGUCAUCCUUACUUCAACCAGAGAAAACUGCUGGAUUUCUGCAAGUCAAAAGACAUUGUUCUGGUUGCCUAUAGUGCUCUGGGAUCCCAUCGAGAAGAACCAUGGGUGGACCCGAACUCCCCGGUUCUCUUGGAGGACCCAGUCCUUUGUGCCUUGGCAAAAAAGCACAAGCGAACCCCAGCCCUGAUUGCCCUGCGCUACCAGCUGCAGCGUGGGGUUGUGGUCCUGGCCAAGAGCUACAAUGAGCAGCGGAUCAGACAGAACAUGCAGGUGUUUGAAUUCCAGUUGACUUCAGAGGACAUGAAAGCCAUAGAUGGCCUAAACAGAAAUGUGCGAUAUUUGACCCUUGACAUUUUUGCUGGCCCCCCUAAUUAUCCAUUUUCUGAUGAAUAUUAACAUGGAGGGCAUUGCAUGAGGUCUACCAGAAGGCCCUGCGUGUGGAUAGUGACACAGAGGAUGGCUCUAUGCUGGUGACUGGACACAUCGCCUCUGGUUAAAUCUCUCCUGCUUGGUGACUUCAGCAAGCUACAGCUAAGCCCAUUGGCCGGAAAGGAAAGACAAUAAUUUUGUUUUUCAUUUUGAAAAAAUUAAAUGCUCUCUCCUAAAGAUUCUUCACCUA